AUGAGUCAUUUUCCCCCAAAAAUAAGGACCCGUCGAUGCGUGGUGAGCAGCUCAUCCAUUGGGUGUCGGAACACAGAAGAUAAGAAGGGUGCUUUGCAGCUUCUCCUUAAUUUCCUUUAUGGGAGAUAUCCUAUGCGUCGUGUGUUCCCUGGAUUGACUACCAGCCACGCAGAUGGGAAUCUCCUCUUCGCUACAGAAGAGUUUCAGGACCUGGUGGUGUCUUUCACAGGGCCCGCCCCUCCAGGCCGCGGGGAAAACCCGGAGCGGGUGUGUUGGGACGGGGCGCGCGGAGCAUGCGCAGAAGGGCCGGCGGGGAUGGAGCCGGCGGUCCAGGCGCGGCGGCCGGGGAUGGCGGAGCUGGAGGUGAAGAAGCUGCAGGAGCUGGUCCGAAAGCUGGAGCGGCAAAACGAGCAGCUGAGGAGCCGAGCAUCCUCCUCCUCCUCCUCCUCUUCCUCCUCCUCCCCGCACCUGCCGCCCGACCCGCCCUUCGUCUAUUUCCGCCCAUCCCCCGGCGCCGCAGGAUUCGCACUCAGCCCCGGGGACCAAGACGCCGCCGGCCCCGGCCUGCUGGACGGCGUGGAGCUGCUGGACCUGGAGGCCGCGGCCUGCGCCCAGGACCAGGCCGAGGACACCUGGUUAUAUGUGGCAUCUUCCAAGACACCUACUCCACGAGAGAAAUCCCUGAGUCCUCUUCAGUGGUGUAGACAUGUUCUGGAUCACCCGAGUCCCGAAAUAGAUGCUGCAAAGCGUUCCCUGUGCUUUAGAUUGGAACAAGCCAGCCGAUGGAAGAGUCUCUUCUCUUCACCCGCUUCCUUGGCUUUUCCUUAUAGUUCCGUCGCAAGACUCACCCCAUAUAACAAUGGCUUAAAUGCUCCCAGCUUCUCUAAAAUCACCAAUAAAGCAAUACUAACACCUGAAAGAGCAGGUUUUCCAUCCAGGGGGUCUCCCCUCAGCCACCAGUCAUCUGUAGACAGUGAACUAAGCACCUCAGAACUGGAGGAUGAUUCCAUCUCCAUGGGGUAUAAACUACAGGACCUCACCGAUGUUCAGAUCAUGGCUCGUCUGCAGGAAGAAAGUCUCCGACAAGAUUACGCUUCAGUGUCCGCGUCGGUUACAAGAAACGGUCCAAGUGCAUCUUUGAACGCGGGAAAGAAAGGGACGGGCCACGAUCAGGAAUACGAUCGCUACAGCCUGGAGGAUGAAGAAGAGUUUGACCACCUGCCCCCUCCUCAGCCUCGUCUUCCUCGUUGCUCACCUUUCCAGCGAGGCAUUCCGCACUCUCAGACUUUUUCUAGCAUUCGGGAGUGUAGGAAGAGCCCCACCACCCAGUAUUUUCCUUCAACUAAUUACCAGCAGCAACAGUAUUUUUCACCUCAAGCCCAGACUCCGGACCAGCCACCGAACAGGACAAACGGAGAUAAACUCCGGAGAAGUAUGCCUAACCUAGCUCGGAUGCCAAGCACGGCUACUAUUAGUAGCAAUAUUAGUUCUCCGGCUACUGUACGAAACAGUCAGAGUUUUGAUUCCAGUUUGCACGGAGCUGGUAAUGGAAUUUCAAGGAUCCAGUCUUGCAUUCCCUCCCCGGGCCAGCUGCAGCAUCGGGUCCACAGCCUGGGACACUUUCCGGCCUCGAGCCGGCAGCCCCUGAAAGCCACCGCCUACGUGAGUCCCACGGUCCAAAGCAGCAGCAGCAGCGGUCCGGCGUCCGGCGGCCCGCAGCCGUACCCCAACAGCGGCAUUCCCGCCCCCGCCAAGAUGACAGCCCCCGGACUAAUGGGGCGCAGCGGCCUACCGAGGCCGUCGUUGGCCGUCGGUGGGAGUAACCUGCCCCGGAGCAAAAUCGCCCAACCAGUGCGCAGCUUUCUCCAACCGCCAAAGCCUCUGUCUUCGCUCAGCGCCGUACGAGAUGGAAGUUGGAGAGACGGCUGCUAUUGACCCAGCUCGGCCGGAGCUCCGGAAAUUCGGGAAAGGAGGGGAAACGAGGAUCGCCACCCAGCAGGCUGGGUGACUGUAGAAUGAGUGUUACAGGACCAUUCUUCCCUUUGGGUGUUUAAUACACGCACAGCGCGUUCUUAUUUUCAAAGCGGACCUGUCGUCGGACACUGAAACCUUGCACUUAAAUAUCGGCCUGAAAUACCGCAGUGUUCUCCAGUCCGCGGCUGCCGUACGAUGAUAUUUAGGACGGUUUUAUAGAACUGCCGUGUACGUGAAAUCAUUUUUUGAGAGAAUUAAGAUAUGUGGAUGUAAAUAAUGCUCUGCCGCAUCGAUUUUUAAGGCAACUUAAAUAUACUUACACAUUCUAAACACCUUUUCCUUUACACGUACUGUAUGAAUUUUAAUUCAUUUCCCAUUUGCGAAUGGGAGUUUUAACAUAUGCUCUGAAUUUUUUUAACGGUUUACAGGAUUCUUAGUUUCUUUUGUACUCGUUUCCUGGUGCACCACUCUGAACCACUAAAAAGAUUUACAUUUUGGGUGCCAUACAAAUAUUUUCGUGUUAAGGUACUAUUUUUUUAGCACUGGAGAUAUAUCAACCCUCCUCCCGCCCCCCUAAAAAAGCCCUACAUCAUUUUAUUUGAGAAGUAUACCUUUGUUGGAUGUGAACAGAACAAGAGCCAGAGAAAUCCACGCAGCAGAAUCUUAAUAAUUUGUCCGUUUUUCUUUUUUUUUGUGUUAAUUUAUUUGUUAUGCGUUUUGUAUUUAUACUGUCACAAACACAUUGCACUUAAAAGCUGCAAUGUUUGCUAAACUAUGGAUGGUGUUCGAUACUUUAUUACAAAGUAUAAAACUAAAGUUUUUAUUAACAGUGGCUUCUGGAAAUCGAAUGCAUUUUCAUGCAAAUAAAUCUUUUUGAUAGACCUUUUGCAAAAUCCAAUUGCACUAACGAAGGCUUUCUUAUGACAUAUGACUUAAUCUUUGUUAGAACUGUGUAUA